AUGCCGGAUGAGCCGCCUGGGAAGCUUUUAACUCGCUUAUUUGAUCGUGCUGUGGCUUUUGAGAUGGCCGACAGCGUCGCAUACUUUUUGGACGAAUUGGCUCAUUUCCAGGGGAAACCGACCAUUGCAGCAUACAGGGAGGCCCUCCAAAGCUUCUCCAAGGCCGGGGAUGUGUCAAAGGUACAUGGCACCUUCGACAGGUUUCUGACAGACCACGGAAACCCAAAGAGCCGCAGACUGUUGAGCCCGCUCCUUUCUGUUCACGCGGGGCUAGGCGAUGUACCCGAGACACAACGGCAAUUUGACCGCAUCUCUGCAGAGUUUGGCCUCCAUCCGAAUACGGUCUGCUGGAAUAUUUUGAUCCAGGCCUAUGUAACUGCGGGGGAUUUAUCAGGUGCGGCCUCCACUUUCGCUAAGAUGAUGAAGCAAGGUGAAAAGCCGAGUUCCCACACAUUUGGUACUAUCAUGGCACUUUUUGCCAAGCGCGGCGAUAUCCAAAAUGUUCGCCGGUUGAUCAGAGAAGCGAAGAAGAGGAGAGUGGAAAUUACAAGGCCAAUGAUUGACACUAUUGUGCGAGUAUAUCUCAAGCAUGGCCAAGCCGGCCACGCAGAAAACCUUAUCUUGGCCAACUGGGAAAAGGCGACCGGAGGGUCUCCCGUGCAGUUGUGGAACACGCUUCUGUGGCACCAUGCAUUCCAGGUCAGCAAACUCACUUUUAGCCGAGUCCUUGGCGAUAUGGGCAAGCUUGGGUUGGUUCCAGACGCUGGGACGUACGGGGCCAUCAUUUACUCCCAUGCCAUUGCUCAGCAGCCAGAUACAGCACGCUCUUUGCUCAGGAAGAUGGCCCGAGCUGGUAUAGAACCCACGGAGCAGCAUUAUUCCAUUGUGAUGUUCGCGUAUAUGAAAAAGCGCAACCGUGACAUGGUGCACGCCAUCCUCCACGAGAUGCAAACCCGCUUUGGUCGAGUCGGACUGAGUGCCAGCCUUGUGAACCUCCAAAUGCAGCUUCAGAGAGAUUUGGAGAACGCGAAACGGUCCAAUACGCCUGCUGAAAACUUGUCUUUCCCGCAUGCAGAAAAGGCUCUGAUGGCAUCAAUCGCUCAGUUCAAUGACCACCCUUCGCAAGCCAAGGCGCUAUCAUUCGAUUCGAGUGGCUCUGCCAAGGAACAUUUCCCGGCCAUGCAUUACCAACAUCUGAUCAGAGCAUAUGGCGAUGAAGGUGCCAUUGACAAGGCGCGUCAAGCGCUUGAUCAGUAUCUCCGAAGCAGGCAGUCUACGAGCUCGUCAGAUCAACAGAUGGCAAAAUUGCCAUUUGGCUUUGUUAAAUCUAUGAUGUCGGCUCAUCUGAAAGCUCAUGAAUUCAUGAAAGUCGAAGAGUACUGGAACCUUCUGUGGCCUGACAUUAUCACCAUUGCUGCCCGCUUUGAUCUUGAUCAAAUUUUGCCUGCGAAGUCGAAAAGAAUUGCGAUGUCGAAAAGAGCUGCGAAGUCGGCAACAGGCAUGGGGACGGAGUCUCUAGGCUCAAAUAAACCUAAGAUCCUGCCUAGUCAGAAGUUUAUUUUGAAUGUACCACUCGAGAUGUACAUGCGAUCUCUGGGCUUACAAAAUAAGUACCAGAGACUCCAUCAAGUUGUCAAUGAGGUCCAGGAAGCUGGCUUUGCGUUGACCGCCCAAAACUGGUCGAGCUACAUUGAGCUACUCACGUUAUCUGAUGAGCCUUCUGAUCAGAUAAAGGCGUUCAAGUUGUUUGAAAAGAAGUUCCAGCCUAAUUUCCCUGGUUGGUUCUACAUGCAACGUGGGUUUGGUUGGCGGCCGUCCCGUGCAGCGGUGACAAUUCUCCAUCUCGAGAACCGUGUAGGCGGCAGCACACCCCGCCGAGUGAUGGGCAAAAUCGCGCGCAGACAUUGGUUGCGAAUCCAACCUAAUUAUAUGCAUCCUUCCUACCGCACCAUGGUGUACCUGGCCAGAAGGUUGCAAUUAAUCCGAAGAAACAGUAUCGAGUAUGGCAGUGUAUCAUUGUCAGAACUCUUCGCCACCACGCCAAAGACUAUCCGGAUUCUUGCCGACAUGCCUCAGUUGCCUGACAAGUACCAGGAGCAAUUGCUCCGUGGCUGCGAGAAGGAGCCAGAACCUCUUCCAAAACCGAUUCGCUUAACCUCUACGAAUUCCGGUUUGCUUGGACCGAUGGGCAAACUGAAGCCACGCAGCAGAGAAUUGGCCAAGAAUGAGCCCGUCGGUCUUGACAACUUCAAGCCUUCCGAUACCACCGACGAGCCAAGCCUAACUGGUCUAAUUCCAGAUGACUCCGCGCGCGAGAAAUAA